AUGCCCGAACCAUCGCAUCCACCGCUAUACCAAACCCCUCAAGACCACUCUUCAUUAACAACAACCAUCCCACCACCGGCGUACAUCACCAUCGACGUAUCCGACAGCGAAGUCUACGAGCUCGACGAGUUCUCACCUACAUACGACAACAAAGAUGACGACGUCGAAAGCAACAACAACAACGACCAAACCAAUAAGGAUCAAUCCGCCUUCACAUACCAAGCCACGUCCACCGCCCCCAUCCAGAAACCCCGUCGUCUCCGCCGGCUCACAGCAGCCCUACCCAGCCUCUCCUUCAAGCCCAUCGCCACCACCGCCUUCAAACGUAUACGCAUACGCAAGCCUAAGCCUUCCACCUACCGCCCAUUUGCAGGAACCCUCAAAAGAAAACGAAUAUGCCCCUGCUCCGGAACCAGCAUAGUCGUAGGGUUUCUCGUGCUCGCCGCCAUCGGCCUGACCGUCGGCAUGAUCAUCGGCCUAAUCGCUUCCCAUGACGCGGAAGAACAGGCAGCGGCCAAAGCUAGGGUGGUUCUUGCAGAUUACUGGUCCUCUCUCGUGACGAUUUUCAACCGCUGGACUGGGUCUUCGUGAGUAUAAGGCCGUGAUGGGAUUGACAGUCUAAGUUGGGCAGGGAGGGCUUGCUCGGUUGGCGUUAAGUUAAG